CGUCAGUGGCUGUUACAUUGUCUUAGAGCUUGCUUGUGCCAGUAGCUGAAGUAUUUCCCCUGUGUUUACAUCAAACAUGGUAUUUAGCAGCAGAUACACAGUUAUUUGUUUUUUCACUAAUUUUAUUAACAGUUGUAACCAAACUAAAGUGUAACAGAAUAAUUUUGGUAUUUUCCACUGUCAUGGCUAUAGGAAUAUUAAUACAAGGAAGCAUUGCAUUCGUUAAUAAUUACGAUGUUGUUAUUCGUCAAUAUCCAGAGCAACUUUAUAAUAUGAAUGUACUGAAUGCAGCCGCCUGGCAUGAAUUAUUCAGUUCUGGCCAUUCUAAUAUCACAGGGUAUUCCAUUGGAUUAACUGCCGGUUACCUGUUUUACAAAUACAAAAACAUUAAAGUAGCAAUAAAUAAGGUUCAUAUUAUUUUAUGGUGGAUUCUCACUUUUGGCUUAUGUAUCUUCAUAGUACUAAUUGCUGGUAUAAUGUAUAAACCAGAUUACAAAUACACCAAAAUACAAUCAGCACUUUACUGGGCAUUCGGGAAAAACUUAUUCGCUAUGGGGAUUGCAAUAGCAAUAUUUGGAAUUACACAAAAAAUUGGUU